CUCUAUUUGUGUUCUUGUUAAUCUUGUUCUGUGUCACUUACUACCGGAGAUUAUUAAUUUUUGUAUUCCUCCUGUCACAAUUUUGUAUUUUGGAAAAAACAUUUUCAUUAUGUAUCGACAGCUUGCAAAAAUACGGAACUCUUUAGCAGUACAUCUAAAUGGUAGAAAAUAUUUGGUUUCAUUCAAUACUUCUAAUACUAGCCGUAAAUAUAGCACAGCAGAUGAUAGAUUUAGAAUUAAGGAUACAUUCGAAGGAAGACCUUUAUAUUUAGAUGCACAGGCUACUACUCCACUGGAUCCCAGAGUUUUAGAUGCUAUGUUGCCUUAUUUGACGAAUUAUUAUGGUAAUCCGCAUUCCAGAACUCAUGCAUAUGGAUGGGAGACUGAAGCUGCAGUUGAAAAGGCUAGAGAACAUGUUGCCAAUCUAAUUGGAGCUGAUCCCAGAGAGAUUAUUUUCACAUCAGGUGCCACAGAAAGCAAUAAUAUUGCUGUGAAAGGUGUAGCUAGAUUUUAUGGUGUUAAAAAGAAACAUAUUAUCACCACACAAACAGAACAUAAAUGUGUACUAGACUCUUGUAGAGCUUUGGAAGCAGAAGGAUUUAAAAUAACAUACCUUCCAGUACAAGCUAAUGGUAUCAUUUCAUUGGAGGAAUUGAAAUCAUCCAUUACACCUGAUACAUCUCUUGUAUCCAUAAUGACUGUUAAUAAUGAAAUAGGUGUGAUACAACCAGUUGCUGAAAUAGGAGCUGCUUGCAAAGAGAGGGGAGUAUUUUUUCACACAGAUGCAGCACAGGCAGUAGGAAAGAUUCCUGUAGAUGUUAAUUCAAUGAAAAUUGAUCUUAUGUCAAUAAGUGGUCAUAAGAUCUAUGGUCCAAAAGGCAUCGGCGCCAUCUACAUUCGCCGGCGUCCGCGCGUGCGCGUCGAGCCAUUGCAGAGCGGCGGCGGACAGGAACGCGGCAUCAGGAGCGGCACCGUGCCGGCCCCCGCCGCCGUCGGAUUGGGCGAGGCGUGCCGGCUGGCCCAAGCCGAGAUGGCGUACGACGCGGCGCACGUGCAGCGGCUGAGCCGGCGGCUAGUGGACAGGAUAGCCGGCCGGCUGAGCCACGUGAUCAGGAACGGGGACGAGGUGGCGACGUAUCCGGGGUGCGUCAAUCUGUCGUUCGCUUAUGUGGAAGGCGAAUCCCUGCUCAUGGCGCUCAAGGACAUCGCCCUGUCGAGCGGCUCCGCGUGUACAUCGGCCUCCCUCGAGCCCUCCUACGUGCUCCGAGCCAUCGGCACCGAUGAGGACCUCGCGCACAGCUCGAUCCGCUUCGGCCUCGGCCGCUUCACCACCGACGAGGAGGUGGACUACACAGCCGACAAAUGCAUCUAUCACGUGACGAGGCUGCGCGAGAUGAGCCCGCUGUGGGAGAUGGUGCAGGAGGGGGUCGACAUCAAGACGAUUCAGUGGUCGCAGCACUGAAUGCCCAUGC